GCUUCGGCCGGCUAGGCGCCUUCUGAUCGGGAAGGGUUGCCGCGUCGCGGUCCUUCCGGAGGGCAUUUCGGGAGGGGCGAGGACCCAGGGCACCGCCCACCGUGACCCCCGCUCGCCUUCCGGCCCCCGCGUCUUCCUCUCAGAGGCCGGGCAAGCGCUGAGCGUGCGGGACCCCUGCGCCCCGCAACCCUGCUCCCCGCCCUGCCCCGCUUCCAGCCCUCGCCUUCCAGGUGCUCUCUGCCCUGGCCGUCGACGCCUGCGUGGGACGAGCGCGCCCCUCGGAAGCGCGAGGCCUUCAGACCGCUCCUAGACCACUCCCGCGUUAGGCCCCUGAGCUCCAGUUCCCCACAGGGGUUUUCUCUCCUGGUUUCGGGACUCAGUGUCAGCAAGAGAAAGGAAAUGACAUCUGUUGUGUUCCUGCGUGGCCGAGUCCUCCCGAGUAGUUCUUAGAACUCCCGAGUCACAGAUGCCUGAGCCACAGCAGUUAACUGACUGGGUCUCACAAGGCUGAGUAACAAGCAGGCUGUCUAGGGAGGCCAGGCCCCACCGCUCCCCAUGGGCAGCUGCCAGGCGGGGCACAACCUGCAUCUCCGCCUGGCCCACCACCCACCCCUGCUCUGUGCCACUCUGAUCCUGGUGCUCCUCGGCCUCUCGGGCCUGGGCCUUGGCGGCUUCCUCAUCACCCACAGGCCUGCCCUUCGAAGUCCCGACAUCCCCCAGGACUGGGUCUCCUUCUUCAGGUCUGCUGGCCAGCUGAACUUCUGCCCUGUGAAUGGGGCAGUCAUGGGGAAGUCGCAGGGGUCUCACGUCGUGGGCUUGCUGACCACCUUGAAACUUGAAAAUGGUCCAGACAGGAACAAGACUAAAACAUUCCAAGCCAAGAUCCCAGGAGGAGCUGGCGCUGUGUGGCUCCAGGCUGCAGGUCCUGGGCUCUCUCCUGCUCGUCUGUGGCCUGCUCUGCUGUGUCUCCGCUUCGUGCUUCCACCGGUGCCGGGAGUCCCACUGGCCCCGACUCCAGCUCUGAGGGAGGUGCCGUGUCCUGCUGUGUUCUCAGGCCAGGUCCCACUCUCAGGGCCCCCGGGGGCCACCAUGCCAGCUGGGGGCCGGGCCGGGAGCCUGAAGGACCCUGAUGUGGCUGAGCUCUUCUUCAAGGAUGAUCCUGAAAAGCUCUUCUCUGAUCUCCGAGAAAUUGGUCAUGGCAGCUUUGGAGCUGUAUACUUUGCCCGGGAUGUCCGGAAUAGCGAGGUGGUGGCCAUCAAGAAGAUGUCUUACAGUGGGAAGCAAUCAAAUGAGAAAUGGCAGGACAUCAUCAAAGAGGUGCGGUUCUUACAGAAGCUCCGGCAUCCCAAUACCAUUCAGUACCGGGGCUGUUACCUGAGGGAACACACAGCUUGGCUGGUGAUGGAGUAUUGCCUGGGCUCAGCUUCUGACCUCCUAGAAGUACACAAGAAGCCCCUUCAGGAGGUGGAAAUUGCAGCUGUGACCCAUGGGGCACUCCAGGGCCUGGCAUAUCUGCACUCCCACAACAUGAUCCAUAGGGAUGUGAAGGCUGGAAACAUCCUGCUUUCAGAGCCAGGCUUGGUGAAGCUGGGGGACUUCGGCUCCGCGUCUAUUAUGGCCCCUGCCAACUCCUUCGUGGGCACCCCAUACUGGAUGGCUCCAGAGGUGAUCCUGGCAAUGGACGAGGGGCAGUACGAUGGCAAAGUGGACGUCUGGUCUUUGGGGAUAACCUGCAUCGAGCUGGCGGAACGGAAACCACCACUGUUUAACAUGAAUGCGAUGAGUGCCUUAUACCACAUUGCACAGAAUGAGUCCCCCGUGCUCCAGUCAGGACACUGGUCUGAGUACUUCCGGAAUUUUGUUGACUCCUGUCUUCAGAAAAUCCCUCAAGACAGACCAACCUCAGAGGUUCUUCUGAAGCACCGCUUUGUGCUCCGGGAGCGGCCACCCACUGUCAUCAUGGACUUAAUCCAGAGAACCAAGGAUGCUGUGCGGGAGCUGGACAACCUGCAGUACCGCAAGAUGAAGAAGAUCCUUUUCCAAGAGGCGCCCAAUGGUCCUGGCGCUGAGGCUCCUGAGGAAGAAGAGCCCACACCCUGUUCACAGGAGGCAGAGCCCUACAUGCACCGGGCAGGGACGCUGACCAGUCUAGAGAGCAGCCAUUCGGUGCCCAGCAUGUCUAUCAGCGCCUCUAGUCAGAGUAGCUCAGUCAACAGCCUAGCAGACGCCUCAGACAAUGAGGAGGAGGAGGAAGAGGAGGAAGAGGAAGAAGAGGAGGAAGAAGGCCCUGAAGCCAGAGAGAUGGCCAUGAUGCAGGAGGGGGAGCACACAGUCACCUCACACAGCUCCGUCAUCCACCGGCUUCCGGGCUCUGAUAGCCUGUAUGAUGACCCCUUCCAGCCGGAGAUCACCCCAGGCCCUCUCCAGCCUUCCACAGCCCCAGCUCCUGCUUCCACCACCUCUUCUGCCCGCCGACGGGCCUACUGCCGUAACCGGGACCACUUUGCCACCAUCCGGACCGCCUCCCUGGUCAGCCGCCAGAUCCAGGAGCAUGAGCAGGACUCGGCCCUGCGGGAGCAGCUCAGUGGCUACAAGCGGAUGCGGCGACAACACCAAAAGCAGCUGCUGGCUCUGGAGUCGCGGCUGAGGGGUGAACGUGAGGAGCACAGUGCACGGCUGCAGCGGGAGCUUGAGGCGCAGCGGGCUGGCUUUGGGGCUGAGGCAGAAAAGCUGGCCCGGCGACACCAGGCCAUUGGUGAGAAGGAGGCUCGAGCCGCCCAGGCUGAGGAGCGGAAGUUCCAGCAGCAUAUCCUCGGGCAGCAGAAGAAGGAGCUGGCUGCCCUGCUGGAGGCGCAGAAGCGAACCUACAAGCUUCGGAAGGAGCAGCUGAAGGAGGAGCUCCAGGAGAACCCCAGCACACCCAAGCGGGAGAAGGCCGAGUGGCUGCUGCGGCAGAAGGAGCAGCUCCAGCAGUGCCAGGCGGAGGAGGAAGCAGGCUUGUUGCGGCGGCAGCGCCAGUACUUUGAGCUGCAGUGUCGCCAGUAUAAGCGCAAGAUGCUUCUGGCUCGCCACAGCCUGGACCAGGACCUGCUGCGAGAGGACUUGAACAAGAAACAGACACAGAAGGACUUGGAGUGUGCGCUGCUGCUGCGGCAGCAUGAGGCCACUCGGGAGCUGGAACUCCGGCAGCUCCAGGCCGUCCAGCGCACACGAGCUGAGCUCACCCGCCUGCAGCACCAGACAGAACUGGGCAACCAGCUGGAGUACAACAAGCGACGUGAACAAGAGUUGCGGCAGAAGCAUGCAGCCCAGGUUCGCCAGCAGCCCAAGAGCCUCAAAGUACGUGCAGGCCAGCGCCCCCCGGGCCUCCCUGUUACUGGGGCUCUGGGACCACUCAGCACAGGCACCCCUAGUGAAGCUCAGCCCUGCUCAUCUGGCCAGGAGGCAGUCCUGGACCAAAGGAUGCUGGGAGAGGAGGAAGCAGUACCAGAGAGAAGGAUCCUGGGAAAGGAAGGGGCUACCUUGGAGCCAGAGGAGCAAAGGAUUUGGGGGGAAGAAUCAGGAACCCUUAGUCCCAACCCACAAAAGCCUCGGAAUCCAGUUAAUGAGGAAGAUUGGGGACUACCUGAGGAGGAGAUAGAGGAGCUUAGAGUCCCAUCGCUGGCACCUGAGAGGAACAUUGUUGGUCAGGAGGAGCCCAGGGCAUGGGAGCUGUGGGAGAAGGAGGAUGGGAACCUUCUGGAUGAGGAGUUUGAACCCGACUGGGUCCAGAGCCCAGCACUGACUCCAGUCCCUGAGGAGGAAGAGGAUGAGGAGGAGGGGGCUCCAGUUGGGACCCCUAGGGAUCCUGGUGAUGGCUGUCCCUCCCCGGACAUCCCCCCAGAGCCCCCUCCACCGCAUCUGAGGCCCAGUCCUCCUAGCCAGCUCCCUGGACUCCUGACUCACGGCCUGCUGGCUGGCCUUUCCUUUGCAGUGGGGUCCUCCUCUGGCCUUCUACCCCUACUGCUUCUGUUGCUGCUCCCACUGCUGGCGGCCCAGGGUGGGGGUGGCCUGCAGGCAGCACUCCUGGCCCUUGAGGUGGGCCUGGUGGGCCUAGGGGCCUCCUACCUGCUCCUCUGUACAGCUCUGGACUUGCCCCCCAGCCUGUUCCUGCUCCUGGCCCAGGGGGUUGCUCUGGGGGCCGUCCUGGGCCUGAGCUGGCGCCGAGGCCUUGUGGGUGUACCUCUGGGCCUUGGGGCUGCCUGGCUCCUAGCCUGGCCAGGCCUAGCUCUACCUCUGGCAGCUGUGGCAGCUGGGGGCAGAUGGGUGCGGCAGCAGGCCCCCCGGAUGCGCCGGGGCAUCUCUCGGCUCUGGCUGCGGGCUCUGCUGCGCUUGUCGCCCAUGGUCUUCUGGGCCCUGCAGGGCUGUGGGGCUGUGGGCGACCGGGGCCUGUUUGCACUGUACCCUAAAACCAACAAGGAUGGCUUCCGCAGCCGCCUGCCCGUCCCUGGGCCCCGGCGGGGCAAUCCUCGCACUGCCCUACACCCCCUUGCCCUGAUGGCACAGGUUUGGGCUCUGUGCAAGGGCUGGAACUGGCGCUUGGCACGUGCCAGCCAGGGCUUAGCCUCCCACUUGCCCCCCUGGGCCGUCCACAUGCUGGCCAGCUGGGGCCUGCUUCGAGGUGAACGGCCCAGUCGGAUCCCCCGGCUGCUGCCACGCAGCCGGCGGCGGCUUGGGGCCCCUGCCUGCCGCCAGCCACCACCAGGGACUUUAGCUGGGCGGAGAUCCCGGACCCGCCAGUUCCGGACCCUGCCUCCCUGGAGGUAACCAGCUCUAGCCUGUUCCCUGCCCAGUAGAGCAUCGAGCACUUUAUCUCCCAGCACUCAGUGAAGUUUCCGGUCCCCAGCCCCUUCUCCCUCCUGCCCUCCUUCCGCAGUAUGCACCCUAUUAAGCACAGCCCUUCCAGCUUCUAGACAGCAGCCCCUCCACUGCAGAGUCCGGAAGUCACACUGUGUGUCCUCCCGCCCCUAAGUUAUUGCUGCUGUCCCGCUGUGUGUGCUCAUCCUCACCCUCAUCGACUCAGGCUGGGGCCAGGGGCGAGAGGGUGGGAAGAGUCAUGACCGGUUUGGUUUUUUUUCUCCUCUUUGAUUUUGUUUUUCUGUCUCCCUUCCAACCUGUUCCCCUCUCCCUCACCAAAAAAGAAAAGAAAAAGACAAACGCAAAUAAAAUAUCAGCGGAACUGUACCUUUG